CCUCUUCUUUUAUUAUUUUGUCUCUUCAUUCACACGAUGCUCUUCCUUGAAGACUUCAUGGAUCCUGCAUAAUGUUGCUAAUACAAUCAGGUCGCCAAUUUUCUCUUGCAGAGAUUCAAUCCGCAACCAAUGACUUCGAUGAUGAACUGGUCAUUGGACACGGAGGGUUUGGGAAGGGGGCACCUGAGUUCAGGGCUGAAAUCGAGAUGCUUUCAAAGCUACGCCACUGUAACUUGGUGUCUCUCAUUGGUUAUUGUGAUGAUAACAAUGAGAUGAUUUUAGUUUAUGCGUAUAUGCCUAAUGGAACCCUCUACCAUCAUCUACACAAAGCUGAGACUCCUUUAAAUUGGAUGCAAAGACUCCAGAUAGCCAUAGGUGCUGCCCGGGGGUUGGACUAUCUUCACACAGGUUUUGGCACCCAACACGGAGUCAUUCAUCGUGAUGUGAAGACUUCAAACAUUCUUUUGGAUAACAACUUGGAAGCUAUGAUUUCGGAUUUUGGGCUGUCUAAAAUAAGCCCAACCAACCAAUCAUCCUCAUAUAUUGAUGCAAGUGUUAAAGGCACAUUCGGGUAUCUAGAUCCAGAGUAUUUCUAUACAAGAAAGCUGACAAGGAAAACAGAUGUGUAUGCAUUUGGGGUUGUAUUGUUUGAAUUGCUAUCAGGGAGGCUUCCUGUAGGUGAAGGCAAUGCUGAGGAGCAUAUCAGUUUGGUAAGAUGGGCUCAAAAGUUUGUGAAAGAAGGGAAAUUUGAUCAAAUGGUUGAUUCUACUAUCCGGGGGAAAGUUUUUUCCAAAUGUUUACGAAGGUUUGCAAAAAUUGCAUAUCGUUGUUUGCUUAGUGUUCUAAAAGAACGACCUACUAUGGCCGAGGUUGUGGUCACACUUCAGGAUUUACUAGAACUACAGCGGAGACAUGACAAUUCUGCUGAGGCACCAGGCAUAACAACAUUCACUUGGAAGAUUCAUAAGUUUCUGGCUUCCACAACUAAACAAAACUCGGACCGAAAUGGCACAAGUUCAUCAAAGAGCCUUGAAAUGAACUUGAAUCAAUGCUCUUCAACUAACAAGGAUGGCAGCGAUCAGGUUGGAGUACCUUGUCAACAUGAGGAAUUAGUGGUCACAGAUCUAAAACAGUUCCGAUAUUUGGAUUUAAGACGUGCUACGAAGAACUUUCGAAAUGACACAAACAUGAAGGUUAAGAUAGUAGACCAGAGAAUUUACCACCCAAAUCUUGCAUGGUCUGAGUUGGAUUUGGAAAUGUUGAAAGAAUUUCGUCAUCCCAACCUUCAAAAGCUCAUAGGAUAUUGCUUCAAAGACAAAAUACUCCUCCUUGUGUAUGAAUUCAUGCCUAAGGGAAACUUUGAGGAUCUCCUAUAUACCGUUGUAGGAACGCUAUUUACACUUCCGUUGGUUGCAAAGGUGAAAAUAGCAGUAGGAAUUGCUCGGGGGAUUGUUUUUUUGCACAAGUCACAAAAUCUACUAGGGGGACGUGUUUUAGGUGAGUCUCGGCUUCACAGAGAGAAGAUAUUGCUGGAUGAGGAUUUCACCGUAAAGCUUGCAAAUUAUGAUGUUACUAAGCUAGUGUAUGGUGACUAUGCUUGUACAAUAACAUCUUAUGGAUUUCAUAGUGGCAAAAAUUAUCCAGGGUUUAAGCGCGGUGAACCACAAAGCCAUUUCUUGGGCUUUACAAUGGCAUUCAUAGAGGUGAUAACAGGGAAAAGAAUCUCUAAUGGAACAGAAUUCCAAAAGAUGGAUGAUUUGUUUAUGAAAUAUGGAAAAAUGUCUUUGGUUCAUAUUGCCCGAUCAUGUUUUGACAUCUGCAAUGAGCCGGAAAAUUCGCCAGAAUGGCACAAGUACAUGAAUGAGCUCUGGUGAAAUGCAUGGUAAGCAUGGGAAAUCGAUCAUUACACAUCUCAAGUGUUUCACAUAUGAUGAACUCAGACAAUAUUCUACAUUCGAAGAACUUUCGAAAUGACAAAUGCAAUGCGGAAGUUUAUAGAGGAUGUAUGUGUUCUGAAGCUAAUAGGAUUUGCCAAUUGCAUUUAAGAGACAUGACUACUAAAAACAUGCAAACCAAGUAAAGUAUCAGUUGUAUAAGCAUGACCUAGGGUCACACUUUUUCAGAAACAUCCAUGCCACACUUUCGAUUAUUUGAGUGGCUAAAGUUCACUAGUGAAAAUAUCGCCUAGUCUUAGCCACAAGUUAUUUACAAUACAUGUGACAAUUUUAUAUUUUUCGAAAGCCUUUGCCUCGGUUUUUUGAUGAAAAAAACUUGACAAUUACGAGCCCCGGUCGAAAAGUAUGGCCAAAUGUGAAGAAAUGCCAUGGUAUUUGUUUGAUUUUUGGAAUAUGAUUGUCAUUGUUUUGUCUAAAUCAUAGACGUAAAUUACCCACAUGAAUGUGAUGUGGCUACACUACAAG